AGAGAGAGAGAGAGAGAGAGAGAGAGAUGAGCACGUUCUCCUCGUACAGUCGCGCGAACGAAAGCCAAAUGUGUACGAGACACUGGCAGAGUGUCACAUACGAGAUGUAAAGUUUAACAAGAUUUUCCAACCUUAAAUCGUGUGUAUGUGUGCGCGAGUGUGCACGCAUGGAUGCGUGUAAAUUGUGUGUGUUAAUAUCGCUACUAUUGCUGUUGCUGUUGUUAUUGCUGUUGCUGCUAUUAAAGCAGCAUAUCCAUCAACAUUUGGUCGAUUUAUAUGUCUAACCCCCCACCAGACUUUCGUUUCCCCCAAAUAGAAACUAGACCAAAGCGCAAAUCUACAAUGAUUAAACCAAUCGCGGCUACCGUUGCAUCUGGGGGGAUGGAAGGUGGUGGACCUGGGGGUACAACUGAGGGAAAUGCAAUUAACGGUGGAGUUAAUGGCGUUGGUCAUUGCAUAUGUGUCGUUGGUAAUCAACAAACGACACCAACAGCAUCUAAUACUACACCUAACGCUAUGUUAUAUUACAAAAAUACAUGGUGGAGAAAAGUUGCACCCUGUUUGGCAUUUCUUGCUGCAUUUUCAACCGCCAUGGCGUUACUUCUCGUCUGGAACGAAGCUGCCGAACUCAGGAGACAAGCUUUCGAUGCUAACAUGACCAGGGAUUACGUGCUUUAUAGCGUUUCCAUGGAUAACCCACAACUAAUCGCUUAUAUACGUGAGGUCCAUUUCAAACCGACUACUCAUCAAGAACUCCUAAAUGCUACUCAAACAUCCGAAGAGAAAUACGUAUCUAAUUCGAUGCAAAACAAACGUGAAGGUGUCUACGUAGAAUAUAUUAGUAGGAUAGGAGCAAUGUCCAGUACAGCUUGGCUCGAUUCGAAAUUGAAUUGGAAUGGCGUUUUGAUUUUAACCGAUCCUAGAAGUUUCUUCGAAGCACAAAAAAGUAGUCGCAAUUCGAAAACUCGAGUUAUUCAUUCUUGUCUGAGUAACGACAAAGUUAUCAAAGAAAUAACGUAUCAUCAAGAAUCCGAGGUUCAAGUUACUAAAUUAGGAGAAGGCCCUAACAGUUUGGUAUCGUCUGACGAAAGUUUACCAACGACCAGGUUAAAAUGUUUCCCCCUUUAUAGUAUACUCUUAGCCUACAAUGUUACAACUUUAGAUUACUUGAGUCUCGACAGUCCUGAUAUUCAAGAUGGCCAGGUUCUGGAUACAAUACCAUGGGAAACUAUAAGAAUAUUAAUACUUUCCAUACGUUGGAAUACGCAUUACAGUACGACGGAAACGGACAAUCUCAUUGACAAAUUAAACAGCAAAAGAUACAAACUCGUUGGAACUACUGACACUGGCAAGAAAAUCUUCAUUUACAACGCCCUACUUAAAAUCUAAUUUUAAUUCG